GUAAGCGGUAUGUGAAAGAUGAGAUCUACACAUACACCGCCAACGUCCUUCUUGCGGUGAACCCAUAUAAAGGUCUAUCGCACCUCUAUUCCAAGGAGGUCAUGAGCAAAUAUUGGGGCAAGAACCCCGGCACUUUGCCACCACAUCCUUAUGCCAUUUCAGAUGUGGCCUACCGACAGAUGCUGAGGGAUCGCAAGAAUCAGGCUCUGGUGAUCAGUGGCGAAAGUGGUGCUGGCAAGACCGAGACAGCGAAAAUCACCAUGCGCUAUCUGACCUCCAUGUCUAGAACUGAUGCGGCACAAGGAUCACGUAUUCAGGACAAGAUCAUCAUGGCAAAUCCGAUUUUGGAGUCCUUUGGGAACGCCACCACCGUGAUGAAUCUGAACUCCUCCAGAUUUGGGAAGUACAAUGAGAUGAUGUUCAACCCUGUGGGUUCACUCGUGGGCGCUGGCAUCAAGACUUUCUUGCUCGAGAGUUCCAGGGUGGUUUCGCAGCAGAAAGGUGAGAAGAACUACCAUGUCUUCUACGAACUCCUUGCCGGGAUGGAGGAAGAGGCCCUGAAUAUCAUGUGGCUGGAACGCGAUCGCAGCUAUAAGUUGCUCCACGCAAGCGGUGCCUCACCGCAGCCAGCCGAUGCAAAUCGCCUGGCUAAACAGUUUCAGGAGCUGCGGCAGGCGCUUUCGAUCUUCCUGGAUGAGGAAACACAGGAUCACAUUUGGCAAACGCUCGCUGCGCUGAUUCACCUGGGAGAGGUGGAUUUCCAGGAAUUGGAAGCGAGCGACUCGGAGAAGACGGGUGAGCCCUACCUCGAGCCGUCGCCGUCGCACUGCAGCGCCACGCCCUCCUCCGCGGCGAACACGGCCGCCUCGGAGGCGAUCUCCGGCGAGGCGCUGUCCACGCAAUCGGCCAAGGUGGAGAUCGAUGAGAAGACCGAGGAUUGCCUGGACAUGGCUUGCGACCUGCUUGGUUUGAAUGUGGUCUCCGUGGCAAAGGUGCUGAAGUUCAGGGAGAUGCACGUAAAUCGCCAGGGAAGGAUCUCACACAUCAAGUGCCCCAGGACCUUGGCUCAGGCGAGGCAGACCCUGCAGUGCAUCAUCAAAAUCCUUUACAAACGGCUCUUUGACAAGAUCGUUUCCAGCAUCAACGAGGUCUCCAAUUCUGGAGCGGCCCGGCAGAGCGAGGGCAACUAUCACAACAUUGGGACCUUGGACAUCUACGGCUUUGAACGUUUGGAGUCCAACAGCUUUGAACAGCUCUGCAUCAACUUGGCCAACGAGCGGUUGCAGCAGUUCUUUGUGGAGGAGGUUCUUGAAGCCGAACAGCGCAUGUACCGCGAUGAGAGGUUGAACGUCCACAGCAUGGAGCUCCCCGACAGCGCCCCCGUGGUGAGCGGCAUCCAGUCGGUGCUCCGGCUGUUGGACGAGCACUCCCUGAGGGCGGUGAAGAAUUUGGUGCGCGACGGGGCGCAGAAGGAUUCCAAGUUCUGCGAACAGGUCUAUCGUGAGCUGAUCGAUGUCAAGGGGCAACCCAGUCAUCGCGGCACAAUCCUUGCGCUGAAGCUGAAGGCGAGUCGCACAGAUCGCGGGCCCAGCUUGCACGAUGGCUUUCAGAUCGCGCACUAUGCAGGUGCUGUGUCCUACACCACCAAGGGUUGGAUCGACAAGAACAACGACUCGCUAGUGCCAGAAAUCGAAACCAUUUUGGCGGACGCCGACCGGUCGCUGAUCGCAGACAUGGCCGACCGGAGCCGAUGUCAAUCCGGCAACGGCGGCGAGCGCUUGUGCUCCGUGAGUAGCAACUGGGGCGAGUUUGUUGAAUGUUUGAGCAAGUAUUUGAGCAAUUUGACCAACUUGUUGGACACCCUGACGCUUGCAGAUGCUUCAGUCCUUGCCGAUGAACGCAAAGCUGGUCUCUUCAAGCCAAAGUACGUAUUGGAUCAAGUCAUUCAGUGUGGAACUGUGGAGCUGGUGAACAUUAUGCAUCACGGCUAUCCGCAUCGAUGCAUCUUGAGGGAUUUGCGCGCACGCUUCCAGAAGCUCUUGCCCCCCGAGUUUGCGCACUACUCAGACCGUGACUUCAUGCACGCCGUGAUGCUAGCCUGGGAGAUUGACGACAGCCAGUGGACCCUGGGCACCAGCCGUUUGUUCCUGAAAGCCGGGCAGCUUCGAGCCCUUGAGGAGCUGAGAGACUCCAGUGGACAGGCCUCCCAGCACGUCAUCAAGAAGAUCCGCCAACAGUUUCCCGACAACUCGGCGAUUGAAGAUUGUUGGUUUGCCAAGAAAAAGCUUCGCGCUUUCGCCCACGCCAUCGAACUCGUCUCCUACCUGCGCCGCGUCAUGUUGCAGGGCAAGCGCGAACGCACCUAUGCAGGGCUGCGGCGUGCCAUCCGAUUCAUGGUGCGGGUGAACCGUUGGAAGAACCGAGCCCUGCGGCGCUUGGUGCCCUUCAGUGGCAUGGAUGAAGAGCAGGAAGCCAUCUUCACAAGAAAGCUGGGUGUGGGCUUUCAGACCGUGUCCUUGAACCUCAAUGCGACCAUGCUCCCACAGCUCUUUGUGACGAUGGGCGCUGCAGAUAUGCCCUUGAUCCACGCCAAGCAUCAGAAGGAGAUGACUUCAGAAGAAUACGAUGCUUCCUGGCAAGCCGAAGCGCAGGACGGCACGCGCGGCACGCGGGGACCUGGAAUGAAGAGAUGGAACUUCAAUGGUGGUGGAGUUGUGCCACCUUCAGUUGAAAGUGUCCUCUAUUUCAACGAUGGCGUUCUGAAAUGCGCGAAAUUGUUGGGAGGUGCCUUCGCUGCCACCACGCGCACCUCGGCCGGCGCCAUUUGCGACGUGCGCGUCGUGGACUGCUGCAGCAGUGGUCGCGCCUUCGCGGUGUCGACGGCGCCGGAGCUGGAGAAGUUGCGCUGCAUUUGCCAGGGCCACGAAAACAGUCAGAUGUUUGCCCAUUGUGAGCACUCCAAUACUAUCAUGCUGUGGCGUUGGAUGGGUGCCACUAAGCCCACCCAACCGGUGGUAGCAGCAGUAGCCAGCUUCAAGUUGCCAGCCUACUGGCAGGUGUAUCAGAUGUGUUUCCUCCCGGCAAACCCUGCACGGUCGGGUGAACAUGUCUUGGCCAUCUUGGGCCGCAUGCACGACUGCAACUGGCUGGCCAUCAGCGUCUACACGGUGUCUCGGGGGCGAAUCGUGUUGAACACCAUCAAGAAUGUUUAUCUGAAUCUCCUGGACGAAGCUCUGCAGAACGAGGGUGCCAGCAUCUCCCACUUCAACCUGUCGCACAGCGGUCGUACGCUGAUCUUGGCAGGAAAUCGGCUGCUGCGCCUCUACUCGGUCGGUUUGGCUGCCACUGGCACGGUGGAACUUGACGACUUAGAUCCGCAGCAGGACUGCGAAGCUCACAUCCUGGGCCGCGACCCCCACGGCACCGUCACAGCGGUGUGUGCCCUGCCUAUGGAUCCAGACAGCCGAAGUCCGGGUUUCCUGGACUGGAUCUGGUUGGGCGUCAGUAGUGGCGACAUGUUUGGCAUCCUCUUGGAAGAGACCAAUGGAACCAUUUCAGUGGCGACUUCCUCCGGACGCUUCCGAAGGAAUACCCAUUCCCAAGGGGUGCCGAUCCAAGCCAUUGUGGCAGUUCAUGAGCCGCUGGAAGGGGACCCCCGCAGUUUGCAUCACAGUCUCACCAUGAGAAAACCCAUGAUGAAUCCGAACGCCGUCCUGUCCAUCAGUGCUGAUGGAAAGCUCCUCCACAGUGAGCGGCGCUCGCACCAAUGGCAGCCUGUGGCGGAGUGGCAAGUUCCCUUAUCCCUGGAGGCCUUACGCUGCGGCUUUGCUGCCCGCUGCUCCGCACUGAUUCCACAGGUGCUGCUACUGGCGGACGAAGGCCGACAGUGUUUGAUCGCGUAUGAUCAACGACAGCCGGUGAACUCGGGCAUGUCCAUGUGCUCCUUCGCCAACUCCCACUUGAAGCUCCUCUCUCUGGAUCUGCGUGCUGGUGCUGGGGCCGCAGAUGUGAACCUGCUAGCUGAUUUGCGGGAUCCCAGCAGGAUCGAAGACAUCCUGUUCAAAGAGUAUGAUGUGAAGAUGAUGGUCAUUGCUGUCAAGCCGCCCCUGGUUGGGCCUUCAUACCAAUCCUUCAUGGAGGUGAAUAUGGCAGGGCUUUGUGAUUUGGUGAACUUGGCCGAAAGAUAUCGAGUUGGUAGCCUGGUGUACGUGUCGUCCUUUGCGGCUUGCAAUCAUUGGUUGCCGCAUCAGAACUUGGGGGAGACGGAUCCGGCUGCCAGCCCUCCCCUGACCUCCUUACGCUCACCUUAUGACCUGUCGAAAGCCAUGGCGGAGCAGUUCAUUUUGCAAAAGCACUCCGAAACGAUGCGCACUGUGAGCGUGCGCAUCGGUGGGGUCUAUGGGGAUGAUGACGACCAAUACUGGAACCGACGCUUGCCCUUCCGACUUUCACUGGAUAUCAGUGAUAAAGUGGCCAACCCGCCCAAGAUCGACGCUAACUAUGUAGAGAACGUCGCAGAAGGCUUGGUGCGUGUUGCCGAACGUCUCGCCGCAGAUGCCACGGUGGGCGGUCGCUGCUCGGCGGUCGCCAACUUUCCCCGGGGAGUUUCUGUGGUGAUUUCAUCUGUUUUGGCUCAUCUCUGCUCAGCUACGACCUUCGACCAAACCCUCGCCAUGCGAGCCGUGCUCGUCGCGACCUUCAUUGCGCAGCUGGCGGCACAGUCCACCACAGUGCCCCCAAAGGUGGCUUUGGAGGAGGCAGAACAUGAGUACGCAAAGGCCUUGAAAGAUGGAAAUGAAACGCUGAAGGAGCUGCAGAAGUGGUUGGAGGGCAUCGAAGAGUCGGCCAGCAAGCCGGAUGAGGCGGACAACAUCGCUGGGAAGAUCGAGCAUGAAGCCGUGGAAGACUUUAAAGACCAGAAGGACUCCAUGCUCUCGGAGUUCGACAAGAAGUUGGACGAACUCCCAAAAGCCGGCGACGCUUACGUGGCUGCGAAGGACUUGAAGAAACUGUCGAAGGAGAUCCAGAAGUUGUCGAAACAGGUGGCCAAGUCCAUGAAGAAAAAAUACCAUGAGCUGCGAACGGAACAGAAGGACAAGGCGCAGGACAUGAUGCAUUCGAUUCAGAAGGAUGCCCACAUGGCUAUGAAAAUUGCCAGGAAAGUGGAGCAUUUUGGCAGAAAGGCCGGUCAGCCGGAGUCGGAGUAUGAGGGCAACAUCGGACGGGCCGAGAAAAGCACCGAAGGCUUGUCCGGAAAGGCCGAGAAGUUUGGGGAGCAUGCUGAACAUGUGGUGGAGCAUUUCUUUGAGAAGGUUGAGGACAAGGUGGAGGACCGUGGACGCAGCUUGGAGAAAGAGGCGAAGACCAAGGGCAAAGAGCGCGAGAAGUCGAUCCAAAGCGCCCUGCAGGAGGCAGAAGGCAGUCCAGCAAAGUCAGCAAAGCCAGCGGCCUCAAAGUCAGCAAAGCCAGCGGCCUCAAAGUCAGCAAAGCCAGCGGCCUCAAAGUCAGCCAAGCCAGCGGCCUUGUUCCUCCGUGGCGAGACUGGAUCUCUCAACCCGGAGGCGCUGCUGAGCCUCUUGCUCCCAGCCACCGGUUUCGCGAUGUUGGCUUUGGCGUUUGCAUGGGGUCGCAGGACACCCAGCCUGAACAUGCCACCCUCUCUUGGCUGAGCGAUGAGGGAGCCAGUGAAGGCGUGACAUGAUUCGUGGGCA